UGUUCUGAUUGUCGUUGUGUUUGCUUUUAUUGCUUUUUUUCUAAUUUCGUUUGAUUGUAAAGGCUUCAUUGCUGUCCCUUUGCAAUUUUCGAUCAUCAAAAAAAAAAAAAAUCAAUUUUUAAAAUCAUUUCUUAUUAUUUCUCGAAUUCAAUUUUACCUCAUCUUCAUUACUUUUUUUCUUUUCUUCAAACGUGUUAAUCAAUACCCGUAACCGAAAAUGCGUGAAUGUAUCUCAGUUCAUGUUGGUCAAGCUGGUGUCCAAAUUGGUAAUGCUUGCUGGGAAUUGUAUUGUUUGGAACAUGGUAUUCAGCCUGAUGGCCAAAUGCCUUCGGAUAAAACUAUUGGUACUGGUGAUGAUUCGUUCAAUACAUUUUUCUCGGAAACUGGAUCUGGCAAACAUGUCCCACGUGCCGUCUACGUUGAUCUCGAACCAACCGUUGUUGAUGAAGUUCGAACUGGCACCUAUCGACAAUUGUUUCACCCUGAACAAUUGAUUACCGGCAAAGAAGAUGCAGCCAAUAAUUAUGCUCGUGGUCAUUAUACUAUUGGCAAAGAAAUUGUCGACUUGGUUUUGGAUCGUAUCCGUAAAUUGUCUGAUCAAUGUACCGGAUUACAAGGAUUUUUGAUUUUCCACAGUUUUGGUGGCGGUACCGGUUCCGGUUUCACUUCAUUGCUUAUGGAACGUUUGUCUGUUGAUUAUGGCAAGAAAUCAAAAUUGGAAUUUGCCGUCUAUCCAGCACCACAAGUUUCGACCGCUGUCGUCGAACCGUACAACAGUAUUCUUACUACUCACACUACCCUCGAACAUUCGGAUUGUGCUUUCAUGGUUGAUAAUGAAGCCAUCUACGACAUCUGUCGACGAAAUUUGGAUAUUGAACGACCAACCUAUACCAAUUUGAACCGACUUAUUGGCCAGAUUGUAUCAUCGAUUACUGCUUCGCUUCGUUUUGAUGGUGCUUUGAAUGUGGAUUUGACAGAAUUUCAAACCAACUUGGUACCCUAUCCACGUAUUCAUUUCCCAUUGGUUACAUAUGCACCAGUGAUUUCAGCUGAAAAAGCCUAUCAUGAACAAUUGACCGUAUCGGAAAUCACCAACACUUGUUUUGAACCAGCCAACCAGAUGGUCAAAUGCGAUCCACGUCAUGGUAAAUACAUGGCAUGCUGCUUGUUGUAUCGUGGUGAUGUUGUACCAAAAGAUGUUAACGCAGCCAUCGCCUCGAUCAAAACAAAAAGAUCAAUUCAAUUUGUCGAUUGGUGCCCCACCGGUUUUAAAGUAGGUAUCAAUUAUCAACCACCUACUGUAGUUCCGGGUGGUGAUUUGGCUAAAGUACAACGUGCUGUUUGCAUGUUAUCCAACACAACUGCUAUUGCGGAAGCAUGGGCUCGUUUGGAUCAUAAAUUUGAUUUGAUGUACGCUAAACGUGCAUUCGUUCAUUGGUAUGUUGGUGAAGGUAUGGAAGAAGGUGAAUUCUCGGAAGCACGUGAAGAUCUGGCCGCAUUGGAAAAAGAUUACGAAGAGGUUGGUUUGGAUUCCACCGAAGCUGAUGAUACUGCUGGUGAAGAAUUCUAAACAUGGAAAACAAACAACAUUGAUGGCCACCAUUUUUUCAAAAAAAUUUAAUUAUCGACAUUUAAAAAUGAGUAAUUUCUCUUUUUCUUUUCAUUUCCAUCAUCAAACUAAAUUAUUAGCAUUGAUUUGAUCUUUUACUUUCUUUAUAAUCAAUUGGUGUGUCUAUCAUUUUGAAAUAAAAAUUGAUAAUUUAAAUUUUAA